AUGGACGUAAAAGAUGCUUCUAUGGGGAUCGAUGAUCCACUUUCCGCAGAAAGCAUGCUCGCAGAAAAGCCCGUGCAGCGUAUCAGUGUAAUGGACCACAAAACUUUUGCUGAAAAAUACCUCGCCGACCUCGGACAAGAGGAAGCAGAUUUCCAGGUAUGUCACUGGUCUAUUCCGUCGUGGCAUGCACUCGACAAACGGAUCACUGGUCCAGAAUUCGAGUGUGGUGGUCACAGAUGGCGCAUAUUACUUUUCCCGUUUGGCAAUUCGAAUGGUCAACCAUACGAUAUGGUGUCUGUGUAUUUGGAUUAUGCCGACAACAAAGAUACGCCCGAAGGUUGGCACGCAUGUGCUCAGUUUGCGUUAGUUAUAUCGAAUCCGAAUGAUCCGACUUUAUUUUCAACUAGUCAAGCGCAUCACCGUUUCACCGCAGAAGAAAUGGAUUGGGGAUUCACCCGCUUUAACGAAUUUCGUAAGUUGGCCGUGCCUCUGGACAAGCGGACCCGACCCAUUAUCGAGGACGAUAAGGCCGUUGUGUCAGCAUACGUGCGUGUUUUAAAAGACCCAACGGGAGUGUUGUGGCACAACUUUAUCAAUUACGAUUCCAAGAAAGAAACAGGAUUUGUCGGGAUUAAGAACCAGGGUGCAACAUGUUAUAUGAAUUCACUGCUCCAAUCUCUUUACUUUACCAACUAUUUCCGCCGUGCUGUGUAUCAGAUUCCAACCGAAAAUGACAUUCCCACCGACAGCGUGGCUUACGCGCUUCAACGUGUGUUUUAUCUGCUUCAGACCAAUGAUGCUCCCGUUGGUACAACUGAACUGACUAAGUCAUUUGGAUGGAAAUCCCUUGACUCUUUUUUGCAACAUGAUGUACAAGAGUUCAACCGCGUACUUCAAGAGAAGUUGGAAAUCAAAAUGAAAGGAACUGCAGCAGAUGGAGCGAUAUCGCGUCUUUUUGUGGGUAAAAUGAAAAGUUUCCUUCGCUGCGUGAAUGUGAAGUAUGAGUCGUCUCGUUCUGAAGACUUCUACGAUAUUCAGCUUAACGUCAAAGGAAUGGCCAAUCUGGAGCAGUCUUUCUGGAACUAUAUUCAAACUGAGAUGCUAGAGGGAGAUAAUAAAUACCAUGCCGAAGGGUAUGGCCUUCAAGAUGCUGAAAAAGGAGUUGUAUUUGAGCAUUUUCCCCCAGUGCUUCAUCUUCAGCUCAAGCGUUUCGAGUAUGAUAUCGAAAAAGAUAUGAUGGUCAAAAUUAAUGAUCGACAUGAAUUUCCCUUAUCCAUUGACUUGUCACCGUUUCUGAUCAAAGAAGUUCAGAACGAGCCCUGGGUAUACAAGUUGCACGGAGUUCUUGUCCAUUCAGGUGAUUUGCAUGGUGGUCAUUAUUUUGCUCUCAUUAAACCUGAGCCUGAUAGUAAUUGGUUCAAAUUCGAUGACGAUCGGGUGACUCCUGCAACACUCAAGGAGGUGUUAGAGGACAACUUUGGUGGCGAAAUGAUACCGAUGAACGGAGCGAAUCGCAAUGCGCCUGCAACGGCGCCGGUUCGUGCGAUGAAGCGCUUUACUAACGCAUACAUGCUGGUUUACAUCCGCGAAUCACAAAUGGGGGAGAUUCUCAAGCCGAUCGAGCCUGUGGAUGUACCAAAUUACCUGAGUCAACGUGUUGAUGAGGAACGUUUGCAAGUUGAGGCGCGUCGUCGUGAGCGUGAAGAACAACAUUUGUAUCUCACGACCAAGAUUAUAACUGAGGAUAUAUUCCGCAUGCAUCAGGGCUUUGAUCUUGUGUCAUUUGAUGACCGCAUGGGGCGUCCUACGGAUCUUCCCACAUUUCGUGUACUGAAGAACGAACCGUUUGUUAGUUUCAAGGCGCGACUUGCGUCGCAUUUUGAAGUGCCGGAUCAACUUAUGCGUCUUUGGGUCUUGGUAAAUCGGCAAAACAAAACUGUUCGACCUGAUGCCCUCGUUCCUGAGAAUGACCCGAGUCUAACACUGGAAAUGGUACGGGAUCGAAUGGCGUCCCGACAAAAUGAUUUAAGAUUUUUCAUGGAGUUGAUCGACCCAAACAGUUUGGCUAUGGUGCACUUGAACCCAAAUGUGCGAGGAGAUGCUAUCAUGAUCUUUUUAAAAUAUUUUGAUACCUCACGGCAGACUCUCUUGGGUGUAUCGCGAAUGUACGUUCAGCGUCACAUGAAGGUCGGCGACUUGGUACCAACAAUCAAUGAACUUAUGCGUUGGCCACCAAGCACUCAGGUUAAGCUCUUUGAGGAGAUCAAGCCUGGCAUGAUUGAACAACUCAAAUUCAAAGCAACCUUUGUUCAAAGUGAGCUGCAAGACGGUGAUAUUAUUUGCUUCCAAAUUGAACUAUCAGAGAAGGAUGCAAAUGAUUACGAGAUGCAACAAUUGUACUCCAACCCUGUGCAGUUCUACGACUUUCUUCAGAACCAGGUGCGCUUGCUAAUUAAGCCCCGGUAUGAAGAUGCGCCUUGCCAGACGGAAAUCGAACUUACACUCAACAAGAAAAUGACGUACGACAUGCUAGCAGCCAAGGUUGGCGAGCGAUUGGAGAAAGAUCCUCUCAUGCUUCGUUUCACUGUGGCAAAUGGAAUCAACGGAACGCCGAAGACGGUGCUCAAGCGUGCUGCAAACCAAACAAUCAACGAAAUAAUACAAACAAGUUAUUUGCAAGGAUCUGCCAGUUUGCUGUACUACGAAAUUCUCAAUGUGAGCAUCAUUGAGCUCGAGACAAAGAUAUCACUUAACGUAACGUGGAUGGGCGCAUACAACAAGGAGGAUUCGCAACCGCACUCAUUUUUACUGCCUAGGACGGCAACAGUACAUGAUCUUGUGGAUCAUUUAGCUAAGGAAGUUCAGCUUCGGCCAGAAGGCACGCACAAAAUUCGUGUCUUUGUGUCAGCGGGACUGGGCAAGCAGCAACGUGAAAUGCAUCUGUUUGAUACGCUCAACAGUAUACCAGAAGGAAUAGAGCUUUUUGCUGAAGAGAUAUGGCCUGGUGAACUUACACUUCAUGAGGACGAAAAACUUAUUCAAGUGUGCCACUUCACAAAAGACAUCUCCCGCACGCAUGGUGUACCAUUCCGAUUUGUGAUAAAGCGCGGAGAACGAUUUGCCGAAACGGCAAAACGCCUUCAAGUACGCCUUGAUGUGCCUGAUAAAGAAUUUAUCAAAUACCGCUUCGCUUUGAUCCAAAUGACCCAAUACAAGCAACCUACGUAUUUGGAAGAUGACGACAUCUUGUAUGAGCACAAAUUCUCACAAGAAGAUGUGCUUGGUAUCGACCACAUUGACAAGAGCGGUCGUGCCAACCGGUAUAACAACGCUGGAACUCAAGACCGCGGCAUCCGAAUCCGUAGCUAA